UUAAGGCAUGUGCAAUCAGUCAUAGCAGGAUGUUCAAAACCCCAAAUCGUGACCUUUUGUGACCUAGCAGGUGAUUUUCUUUCCCCAAAUAGUCUGUGACCUAGGGAGCAGAUCCUGCAAAGCUUCACCUGAAUAGACCUGGCCAGUCUAAUAAUGGGAAGAAAAGUUUGGAAGAUGAGGACCUACAGAAAGAACCCCCAAGCAAAAGGCAUCCAGGCCGUAUCACAGCACACAGAAUCAGUCAGAUAAACUGCUCCUGUCCCCACAGUGCUGAUCCACGUGGAGACAGCCUGGGGAAGAGCUGACAGAAACCCAAGGGAAACAAAAUUAGGAAGAUCUGAUUUGCUUUUUUGGGGGAUUACAUUCUUGGAAAAAAAGGCAUCGUAGCAGUAAUGCCCCCUUCAUCUGUGAGACAAACCAACCACAUGAAAAGUGGAUGAAGGAAAACCACUCAGCGUACUUUCUGUCCACUGGGAUAAAAUUUUAAUGGAUAAAAAGCAUCAGGUUUUUUGCUUAAUGAAGAAUCUCAGUUUUCAAAUCCCAUUUAUUGUGUAAAUACAAAAGUAUUUCCACUCAGUGGCCUGAAUUUUAUGAUUUUACUGUGGCCUUUUAGUCAAGCAGGUUUGUAAUUCAGAGGUGGUGUGUUCCAGGGAGUGUUUUGGUCUCUGUGAAAGUGAGAGAGAGCUUCAAGACUGAAGACAUCAAAAUGCUAUUGCACACUAUCAUUGAUUUGUGUGUGUGUACAAUUAGCUUAUGGUAUUAAUAUAAAAAGUAGGUAGCUGCAUCUAAUGGUUUUUUUGGAGUAAUCUGAACCAUCUGCCUCUAGAUAUUAAGGAGUUCACUCUUUAAUCCAGAUUAUGGCUGACAAACUGGUUUUGGCAUUCACGUUUCACUAGCACUGUGCCCUUGAAGAGCUGAUGUGGCUGUAGAAACUCUCUUGCUUACAACUGUUGGUUUUAAAAGCAUUUUUGCUUUGGCUUUCUCAUAGUUGUUUGCUUAUAGUUAAUUUUUUUUUUUUUGAGAAGAUGGCCUUUCUAAUGAAAAGUAUGUUGAGCAACCAGGUAAAGAAUUUGGGACUUGGAGGUGGAGGGGAAGAAAGCAAAGAAGAAAGCACCCCUUCUGACCCAGCAGCAGCUGCAGGAAUGACCAGAGAGGAGUAUGAGGAAUAUCAAAAGCAAAUGGUUGAGGAGAAGAUGGAAAGAGAUGCAGCAUUUGCACAGAAAAAAGCAGAGCGAGCCUGUCUGAGGGUUCACCUGAGAGAGAAGUACAGACUCCCUAAGAGUGAACUGGAUGAGAAUCAAAUACAGAUGGCUGGAGAUGAUGUGGGUUUGCCAGAAGACCUGCAGAAGAUGGUGGCACAAGAUCAGGAGGAGGAAGAGGACAAGGACUCCAUCCUGGGACAGCUGCAGAACAUCCAGAACAUGGACAUGGAUCAGAUCAAAGAAAAGGCACAAGCCACCUUUACUGAAAUGAAGCAGGCGGCCGAGCAGAAAUGUUCUGUCAUGUAGAAGAGCCACCACCACCCAAGGGCUGUGACUUCAGUCUUGUCUCGCCAGGACUGCAGAGUGAGGGCAGGCAGAGGGAUGCACUUAGCUCUAGAGCAUAAAUAGAGAAAAGAGACAAGAGAUAGAGACUUAAAACCCUGAGGGGAGGGGGAAAAGUUACGUGUUGUGACUGCCUAGGACAAAGUUAGAAGUGAUCCUAAUUUUUAACAUAACAUUUUUCCCCAUGGAAAAAAUGGCUCAAAAGAAGUUAAUAUUGGGGAAAAAAUGUGCCUUUUUCCAUGCUAUUAAAUGUGUAUUUUUUAGCAAAAUUGUAAUUCUGAUACAUCACAUAUAGGUAAUCACUCAUUUAAUAGUGCUUUCAGAAAUAAAUGCAUAUAUUUCUUAUAAAAACACGUCUGUUUCAAACAUUUUGAAACAAACACAGUAUUCAAAUGCUGACAUUUGCUGCAAAAACUUGAAAGAUUUUUUUUUUGACCAUCUCUGCACCAAAUGUAGCAAAACACAAAAAGUGAAGCACGUAACUCAAUAGCUUGGGACAAAAGUGUUGUCAUAUGUAACACUGAGUGGGGACUUGUAGGAAACCAAGGCUUGGGAGCUGUCAGUGAGCCCUGCUCUGUAGCAGUGCAGGCUCCUCCAGCCUGCUUUCAUUUCCCAGUCUCUCAGUCUUCCAAGGCAGUUUAAACGUCGAGGGACAGCAGUGACUCUGCUUGGCUGCUCUGUGUGCCAAAUUCUGGGGCCUGAGGUACCAGCACCAAACUUGCACAGGUUCAA